AUGUCCUGCUCACCGCAAAUACCGCGGCCUGACGAACCAGGUUCCAGUGACUACGGGUCGGACUUCACGCCGGAUGAAGAGCAAGUGCUGAACGACCUGCUCACCAAAGCUGCCGCGAAACACGCGACCGUCCAGCGCGUCGCCACUCCACUCUCAUUCGCAACACCGAACGACAUUGGCGACGACGCAAAUACAACUCUAGUCGCCGCGAAGCUUGCAGAUCUUGACUCCCUACAGCCGGCGGUUUUGGAUGCGCGUGUCACGGACAUUGAGGAUGGUCUCCAGGAUCCCCCGGGUGUCCGGCUGCCUAAGGUGCUGGGCCGGGAGAAGCCUCGCUCACCGGGGAGACAGUCGAUAGAGCACCCUGGCUCAACCGAAGGCAGAGAACGAGAGCGAGAGCGUAGUGCAGUGCGUGAGCUCGAAUGGACACAACAGACUCAAGCGGCCCCGACGCUGGAUCCUCGGACUCCCGUGGAACGCUUUCGACGGCCACCGAACAAGGCGUUCUCCGUUACAGACUUGGUGUCCCCAGCUUGGUGUGAGCUCCAGUACUGGUAUACCCUGACCAAGCACGGGCGGAAGAGAAGGACACCCGCGAUGAAGACGGGAAGUGUUGUGCACAAAACCCUGGAAGACGAGUUAUAUACAACGGUCCCUGUGGAAAUAACGACCAAGGAGGAUGCGUGGGCGCUGCGGAUAUGGAACGUGAUUCAGGGCUUGCGGAUGUUACGUGAAUAUGGCAUUACACGCGAGCUGGAGGUUUGGGGCAUUGUUGAUGGGGAGCUAGUCAAUGGAGUCAUUGAUCAACUUUCCUAUGAAUGCCCUGACUCUGAACUUGAGGCCACGGCUGCCGGCUAUUAUGCAGACGCGGCGAGGUCACGGGCAGCUCCACCUGAGUAUCAGAUGUCUUUAUCGGACUUCUUGCUGUCUUCCUCUCAGGGUGGAAGAAGGCUUUCAGACCUCGGGACCUCGGCCGACCGGGCCUUGGACGACCCUCCUCCUAAUCAAGAGCACCCGGCUGUCUAUGGGCUACCACGGAUAUAUAUGACGGAUGUCAAGACAAAAGCAAGUGGCUCUGUUCCGACAGUCAAGAGUACAUCUUUCCGUCCUACUCUGCUCCAACUGCAACUUUAUUACCACAUGCUCAAUCGUCUCAUCACGAGCGACGAUGUUACAAUUGACGUGCUCGCAACGCGCUACAAUCUCGACCCAAUGAAACCAUUCACCGACGCGUUCAUAUCCGAGGUAGGCGGCUUGAACGACGGUUUCUUCGACACCGUCGCCUCUCAGGAACAUGAUCUGAACGACGUUCCUAUAUCGGAUGACAGAGUCCAAGCUUCUGGUAGCUCUGGCCAAGCUUCCAGUCCUCCACAUGCCAGCCAGGACUCGACUAGAAUCCUUCUCACGUAUGGCACCCUUUCCCGCCUAUGGAGUUACAUGAAAGAGCAACUGCGCUUCACGUUUCUUCCUUCGUCCUCUCUGCACGAAGAGUCUGUUGCACCAUCUAUUCCUUCGCGGACGCAGCCAGCGUUGCUCGAAGAAUACCCUACACUACUCUCUCCAGUCCUCACAGCCCGGUUCCUCUCGUCGGCCCCUACGACUGAUCCCCAACCUCGGCUCCUGGGAAGCAGGUCCUUCCUCUUUGAUCCUUGCAACAUGUCAUCUUAUCUCACUGACCAGAUGGAGUGGUGGCGUGGCCGCCGCAAUCCCCAGGGUGUCGGUAUCGUGGAGGCUUGGAAAUGUCGCAUCUGUGACUUUCGCGAUGAGUGUUCCUGGCGACAGGAACGAGAGUUAGAUUACGCGACUCGAAACCGAAGACGGAGAACCGGUGCUUCAGUAGACAUCUGA